UUGAUGACUGCAGCAGCAGCAGCAGCAGCAGCAGCAGUUCGAUGUUUCACCGCAAAGAGGACAAAUCAGGAUUCUGUUUGUUUGAGACCGAAAUAAGGACCAAAAGGCAGAGACAGACUGACUGGAGGAUAAUGAAAGUGUGUGUCUGAGGCGGGAAUAAGAAGAUACACACUUUGCAGACACUUGCAUUUUUUUGGAUCCAACAAACUGAGUGCUGCAUUGGACCCGGAUCGGUGUGUUAAACAUGGGGGACCAGAAAUCAAUUCAGCCCUUCCUGCUCCUGCUGCUGAUGCUGAUGCUCCUCAACAGGCUGUCUCAGCUGUGGGCAUUUCCCUUCAGCCCAUCCCUGGACCUGGACGUCACUCCCAGGACGACUAUUUUCCAUAAAGGAAUGCUGAGCAGCAAUGGUUUCACGGGCUCAUCCCAGAACUACAGCAGCCUGCUGCUAGAGGAGGACACUGGGCGUCUCUAUGUGGGAGGCAGAGGAGCUUUAUAUGCGCUGAACACCUCCAACAUCUCCACGUCUGCAAAUCUCACUAUUGAUUGGAAUGCCAGCCCCGAACAGAAGAAGCAGUGUUUAAAUAAAGGCAGAAACAAUCAGACAGAAUGUCACAACCACAUCCGCUUUCUGCAGCGAUUCAAUGAAACCCACCUGUACGUCUGUGGAACAAAUGCCUUCAGACCUCUCUGUGCUUACAUAGAUACAGAGAAAUUUAACUUCUCGUCUGGUUUUGAGGAGGGAAGAGACAGAUGUCCAUAUGACCCAGCAAAGGGAUUCACUGGCCUCCUCGUUGAUGGUGAGAUGUUCACAGCCUCUCAGUACGAGUUUCGGAGCUCCCCAGACAUCCGCAGAAAUUUUCCCUUCCCCACUCUCAGGACAGAGGAGGCUCCAACCCGCUGGCUUCUGGAGGCAGACUUCGUGGGCUCUGUGCUGCUGAAGGAGAGCAUCAACAGCUCCAUAGGCGACGAUGACAAGAUCUACUUUUUCUUCACGGAGAGAAGCCAGGAGCAGAUCGCUUAUCCCAGCCAGACCAAGGUGUCUCGGGUCGCUCGAGUCUGCAAGAAUGACUGGGGUGGCCAGAGGACUCUGCAGCGGAAGUGGACCACCUUUCUUAAGGCCAGAAUGGUGUGUUCAGUCCCAGAAUAUGAGCUUCACCUCAAUAUCCUGCGGGAUGUGUUUGUCCUGCAGGGGAGAGACGUGCAAAGCAGCAUCUUUUAUGGCGUUUUUGGCUUGGAAUGGAAGAAUAUCAAAGCAUCCGCCAUCUGCCAAUACGCCUUCUCAGAUGUGCGCAGAGUGUUUGAAGGACCAUACAUGGAGGUGCAGGACUCGAAGUGGAGGGAAUAUACAGGGAAGGUUCCGGAGCCAAGACCUGGUUCGUGCAUAACAGACGUACACAGGUCCCAGGGCAUAAACUCCUCUCGAGACCUCCCAGACAGCGUGCUCACGUUCGCCAGGAGGCACCCGCUGAUGGCUAAGCAGGUUCACCCAGUAGACCUGCGGCCACUCAUGUUCAAGAGGAGCAUCAACUACGUCAAGAUCGCCGUGCACAAGGAGCCGGCGCUGGAUGAAAACCUUCACACUGUCUUGUUUCUGGGAACAGAUGACGGGUGGUUGCACAAAGCCGUGGAAGUCGACGGAGAGACGCAUAUCAUAGAGGAGCUGCAGAUAUUUGCCAAGCCACAGCCAAUAGAGAGCAUGGUGAUAUCUGCAGUACAGAGGAGCAUCUACAUCGGCUCCCACUCUGGCGUGAUCCAGGUGCCAAUGUCCGCCUGUCAGAGAUACACUUCCUGCUAUGACUGCGUAUUUGCCAGAGACCCAUUUUGCGGCUGGGACGGGAGAGUGUGUGUGGAAAUAUCGUCACGUCUGCAAAGGUCAAACUUAACGCAGGACAUCUCUAGAGGAACCAGAGGCUGUAAAGAGAAUCCAGGAAAUGUGAUCCAUCGGAGACGGGCUGUGAUGUCGGGGGACGAUGUGCUGCUCCAGUGCGAGCUUCGCUCCAACCUGGCAACUCCGCGCUGGACGCUAAAUGGCAAGGAGCUCCAGGGAUACGGGUUGAACACAGGCUACCGCGUUGGGACGGAUGGGCUGCUUAUAAUAGGUGCUCGCACCCAGCAAGGUGGCUCAUAUCGCUGCUUCGCAGUGGAGAACGGAGUUUCGGUGCUGGUUUAUCUUUACACAGUGAAGGUUCACACAGAUCCAUACUUCCCAGUGGAGCCCACAGACUCCACAGAACCCACUACCGUCUCCAGCCCGGUGGUUUUCUCCACCGCCAGCCCCACUGAGCAGCCUCUGCCCUCGCCGCCAGCACCGCUGCCGCCAGGAGCCAAUUUCCAGACCUACAGACACAUGGAGGCCAUCUACAUUUCUCUGGUGGCGGUUCUGGGAGGGCUUUGCAUAGUGUUAACUGUGGUGUUGCUCUACGUAAGCUUCUGCACCAGACGGGUGAGUCGGAGUCGGAAGUUCUCCCAUCAGAAUGUUCUUGGGGCCUCGGAUAGAAAGAGGAGCUCCCAUCUGGAGCUCAAAACCAUCUCCAGCCACUGCAACGGACGCCAGGGCCGGCGCUCCAUCUCGGUGCCGACCUUCGGGGACUUCAACGACAGCUUCCUGCAGAUAAUUCCCGGCGACGACCAGAUGUCCCCGGCCAAAACGCCGCCGCCAGCUCCCCCUCUCCCCAACCCGCCUCCGCUUCCGAACAUGGACUACGCCAACGGGCUGUCGGCCACGCUGCCCAGCGUGCUGAGGAAGAUGAACGGGAAUAGCUACGUGCUGCUGAGGCAGGCCGACCCYGAGGGCAUGUCACCGCUCUACCACUCAUUCACGGAGGAGCUCAACCGGAUCCUGGAACAAAGGAACCACACACAGCUGGACAUGCAUCCCGAUGAGAGCUCCAUCUAGGACGCUCCGGUCAAUAUUUUUGGUCCAACUUAUUUAUUUGUAACCCAAACGGAGAUGUUCGGUGUGGGGAGAAGCUGAAAUUGAAAACAUGGAAGCUCCUGCGUCUGGAGAGAGUCCAUGAGUUCUCUUUGUGAUGGACCAAAAGAACCGGAGUGACUGAAACAAGCUUAGCAGCUGUGAAGAAUUUGCACUAAAAUAAAGCAAAUGGGAGCGGGACGAUGUCACCUCAUUGAACUCUGCGGAGGUUUAGGGACGAUGGGAGUUGCAUUGCAAUGAAUCACUGGAUUUUUUUUUUUUUUUGAGAUUUUUGAGAAGUUUAAACAUUGUGUAUUAUUUAUUCUGAGUAGCACAAAGGGAUACUCUUCUCCAUAUGGAUGUUUAGAUAAAUAAUGUCUUUGCUAGCAUUAAUAAGUUUGAAUCCUGAGAACUUAGACCGUUGUACAAUGUUUUUUUCUUUUCUGUCUCGGCCGCCUUUGCGGCAGGAAGUGAGGUUGUUCGUAAAAGUAGAGGUUUCAUUUUUCCUGAUUUGGGAUAACAGUACUUAUUUAUGGCUGAAAUUUGGUGAAAGAUGUUUUUGAAACUCAUUUGUUACAGCACAACCACAAACUAUUACAAGUAUUUUUGUUAUUUACCAAGACAAUAGCUAGAAUCUAGACUGAAGUCAUUGUGAAUUAGAAGGAAAGUGACAGGUUCUCCAUCCAAAGUGUUUUAGAAAUACAAUCUGAGAAGUGUGCCGCACAUUUGCAUUCAGUUCUUAUGAGUCAAUACUACCUUUCGUAUGGCUACAGUUGCAAGUCUUCAGAGGUUUGCAUGUCUUGAGACCGAAACCAUCGACUAUUCUUCUUUCCUGCUGAAAAGUGAACCUUUGCCUCUGUCUCAAGUGUGUUGCAGCCUUUAACAGGUUUUCUUCUCUUGCCCUGUAUUUAGCUCCAUCCAAUCGUCCCAUUUAAAGUCUGAAAAUGCCUCUUCCUCCCUGCUAAAUAAAAGUAUUCCUACAGUAUGAUGCUGCCAGUGCCACCACAAUGCCGGGCCAAAAAUAUCAGUUUUGUCUGAAAUUUGAUGCAAGAGCACUGGAUUCUAGCAGUAUCAGAGUAAAGAGGAGGGAAUACUUUUGCUAACCAUCAUUACAGAGAGUCUUGUUUCCACCCUUCUGUCACCCUUGACACUGAUCGCGACCAUUUCUUCUUCACCCCGUAGUGAACAGCACGCCCAAAUUACUUCAAAUGGUUGACCCUGGUUGGUUAAACUCAUCGGCCUUGUGUGCCUCCACUCCCUGCAUCAUCACUGUUGCAUCAGUCCUGCUUUUACUAACUUAUUCUCUUCUCUCUGGACUCUCUUUUCAUGUACACCCUAUGUAAAAACUGCUAAAAAAAAUUUCCCUCUUUAUUUCUUAAUAACUACUGUAUAUUUUGUUCAGAUAUCGUCACUAAUAUGUUUCUUUAAGGCUUUAGAAGGUCCACAUUCUAUUAAGCCGCAACAAUUCACCACCACCGAAAAAUGGUUUGAAGCAAAAACGGUACAUAAUUUUUUAAAACCACAGUAAUUUUUGGAAAUAUGCAAUCGAAUUCAAAUUACAGGAGGGAAACAUAAAAGGUUUAAGUGAUUCUUCCAGCAUAUUUCCUGCUGCAGACGUCAGUUCACACUAUUUCUUAAUUAUUAUGAGGAAGCAUUGGAUCUCUGUGUUCCCACUCUGAAUGGAGGAAGAAAGGAAGCUUGGAGACGAAUCUGUGACACAAAUACAUUUUUGUGAAAUGAGCAUUGUGCUUGAAGUAUCACUUGAGAAAUUUUGUAUGAAACAUAUAUUUCUGUGUGUUCACUUAAAACACUAUUUUUGUCUUGUCUCUUGUUUAAACAUGGCUCAGUAUAUUGCGUCUGUAAAAACAGCUGCAGCUGGGCUAUUGCUUGUUUCUUACUUUCCGCCAUUUAUGUGGGGGCGGAGGGGAAACAAAACUGCAUUUAAGGAAAUGUGCUGUGUGUGAAAGGAGGAGUCAGUAUUCAGCUGGAUUAACUGAUUUAUCUAAAUACUGCAGACGGACUUUGUGGCUUUUAAAAAACACAGCGCACCCUGAAGGAAAAUAGAUAAAAUACAGUAAAUAUGUUUCUUAUUCAUGACUAUGACUCCACCCACAUUUAAAAUGCAGGCAACUUUUGCCUCCAUUUCUCUGCACACUUACAUACCAGCAUUCACAAAUACACAGAGCAUAAUAGUCACAUGGCAGCAGGUGCAUUCUCACAAUUACAUACACACAAGGAGCAUCAGCAGCUGAGAAACAAUUUUACAUGUUAAUAUUGUUCAUUUAUAAUUCAUUAUAAUUUAGUCACUUUUUUAAAAACUUUUUGUCUUGUUCUGUUUAUCACUAUUGUAAUCAUUUCAGCAAUUACCCCGACCCCUUUAGUUUUUUCCUCCACGUCCUUGCCAUCUUUGUCUUUUUAGUAAAAUGUAAUGUUGAUGCAGAAGAAAAUAGUUAGUUGGCUGUUUCAGAAUCAAAGAAUGUCUGUUUUAUCCUGAAAUCGGUAUAAAUAGAGUAUUAGCACACAAGUUUGUCCUCUGCAGUAAAAAGAGAGAAAAAAAAGCUGCAGGUGGCAAAAUUUUAGACCGGACAUGCAGCAUGAUGCCAAAAAACAACCAAAAGCUGCAGAGCUCACAGUAUUUCCAUGGCAAGGUGAGCAUCCCUGUGAUUAAAUACAGACUGUAUAAUAUACGAUGACUGAAAUGAAUCUGUGAGCAGUUUGCAAACAUGUCACGGUCGUUUGUGAACAAAUGUCUGUCUUCCCAGGAAGGUGUCGAGUCAGCUCUUGUAGCUCAGCAGCGGCAGGCCUCUCUCGUGGCUUGCAGUGCAUAAGUCAGAGCAGCGCAGCGUGGCUCACCUUCACAAAGAGAGGGCAGGAGCAUUUAGGCUUCCUGUGUUCCUGCCGUCUCUGUAGGCUGAUGCAGCCUUUUUGGGUACAAGACCAUUUGGUCUUUGUGCACAGAUUUUCUUUUCUUUGCUUGUCAAUUCAAGCCUCACUCAGUUGCUUGGAGCAUUUCUUAACGUUAUCUAAAAAAUCCGAGUUAAUCCGUUGAAUACUUCUUUACAGUGAUUGAAAUAUAGCAAAACUGUGUAAUUUGAGUUCUAAAAAGUUGUAUUUCACUAAUUGAGGGUGUGCUGUACAAAUGUGUUCAACAUGUUCCUUCAAAGUUUCUGCAUAUAAAAUUCAGAGAAAUAUACUAUUAUUGAACUGUAGUGAUUGUAGAAGUUAGUCUGCACGGGAAGCAGUUAUGCUAUGUUUGAUUUGCCACAGAAAUCAGAUCUGAAAAUGAGUUUUCAACCCAGUUUGGCUUGAACCAGCUGAGAAUCACGAAACUAUUUGGGAUAGCUGCUUGUCGUAUUGCUAAUUAUUAUAACCAAUACAAACUAACGACAACAUAUUAUUUUCCCUUUUGUGCAAACAUUUAAGGAACAUGGUCAGAUGUAAGGAUUGCAAAAUACUGUAUGUACCAAUGGCUUACUGAAAUAUACAUUUCCACAGGUACAAAUUAAGGGUUUCAUCCUGAUUUUCACAGCACAUUUUAUAUGUUUUUCACCGCCAACCCUAAAUUCAUUUCAGAUUUUGACUUUCAACAAAAGCAUUUUAUUUAUCCAAGUUAAAACUUGGACAAUCGGACCUUCAAAUGGAAUUGGAUGUGCUAUCAGAAAAUCCCGCUGCUCAACCAACUUCUAACUGAUUCACAGUGUGCAUAGUCUCAUGAAUCAAUCACAGUGGACGUGGGAAUGUCGUCAUAUCAGUAGAGUGUGUUUCAUUUGCAAAUUGGAAAACCAGUGGGUUUCUUUUUUUUUUUUUUUCGUCUCGGUUCAGACACUCAAUAGAUCACACGGUACAUUGCUUGUUAUUGGUUUAUCAAGAUGCAAACAGCUGCUGCACAUGUGAAACUAGUGGGAGUUGGAAGUAUAAACUGUUUAUUUUUAUUUCUGACGGUUUGCAUCACAUUAAACCAACAGCACGCACAGCACUGUAAAAUGUAGAUUCAUAAACAAGUUUCCUUAUGAUUUGAAUCAGCUGGGAUUGCUAACAGUACUUAGCGCCUCGGCAUUUAGCAGAUCCUGCUUGUUUUUACUGAAUAAAUAAAAUGGGCUCAAGUUCAACUGUGACAUCUGAUUCCCACGUAAAAUCAAACAGAAUAUCACUAAUCAACUAUUUUUAAUAACGCUUAAAGAAGUUGCAAAAGUGUUUUUAUUUUUCCUUUUCUUUGCCUUUAGGAUGCUUUUGAUUCUGCAGAAAAACAUCUCUUCCAGAGUAGAUGUAUUUCAUGCUUCAAUCCUUGUUUUUUGUCAUCUCAUUUCUUUUUUUAAAAACUUUUGCUCUGCUGCCUCCACAAUUUCCUCAUCCCAUUACCGUUACAUUAAACUUUUAUCCAUCCAUUCGCUCUCAAGGACCCUGUUGAGUUUAUGAGUGAUUGCUAAUCAAUUUGAGCCAAAUUUCCUAGAACACUCAUGUUUGUGUUUUUGCAGGUGCAGGAAAGAGGCAACGAGUUUCUAUGUUGAUGCUUAGCACAUAACUAAGGAUAUUUUUAUACUUCCAGCUAAUCUAUAAUGCUAUAUAUUUAUAGGGUACAGUUUUAUUUAAAAUCAAAGUUGUAAAAAGUUGUAUUUUGUAGCACAUGUAAAGUGAUACAACGCUGCUUCCUCUGGUGUUAGAUAAACAGAAAAUUAUCGUGCUCAGUUUUUCUUCUGAACAACUCAUGCAUGUCCAUACUGAAUCCUAAGCCUCUGCUGCUUCGUUUUGUUUAUUUGAAGUUUGAGUGAAGAAGUCAAUACGUGCAUUUUUUGGCCACUGGAUAAUCUGUUUAACGAGCAAAAUAUCAAAUUAAAAUACAUCCAGGUUUUUAUUAACAUUUGCAUUUAGUCGAAUAUUUUGUCAUUUCAAAUGAAAACUAAACACCUACAGUUUUUUUUAAUUUGUUACUUGUUUCUCAGUAGAAUAUCCAGUUACGAAGAUAUGCACGCAGCACUGUGUGGAAAACUACAAUGCAAACUUAUAUCUUUGGCUUAAGUCACUGUCAUUUAUUUAUACUUUAUGAUAUAUGUGGAAGUGCAAUGUUACUUGAUUUAUUUAAUGGCUUCCAUUAUCUGUGCUGUUUAUUAAUGUGUAUUUCAAAAAUGAUGUAAAAUCUCCUGUUAACAGUGACCAGUUCCAUCUGUUUUUCUUCUAUUUGACAUAAAUCUGUAUUUCCUUUCGGUCUGAACUUAUGUCCUCUCUUACUGUAAAAUAGUAAAUUACCCUAAUCUAUCUAUA